UUUAUAGUUGCCAUAUACAGUAGCCUAGGAAUUAAAGUAACACAGCGGAUUGUUAGAAACGACAUUGCAUGCACAUGAUUAGUAACCAGUCAUGCUACAAAUAAUAGUCAUUUUGGAUUUUGUUUUAUUAAAGUCAGUUUUCAAAACCUUUCAAGUGAAAUAAGUUAAACAAACAUUUGCAUGUUACUAGUGCUUCCUUAAAUAAUUAUAAAUUCUCACUGUAAAAGUGUUAAUUACGUGCAGUUGAAUUAGACCUAACAGUUAAGCGCCCUUGAUCUGACUGCAAAAUUUCCAAUGAACUAAAGAAUCGUAGGGAUUCCUGCCAAAACAAACCUUAACUACAAAUCCUUUACAUUGUAUUACUGUAUUUUGGUAAGAACUGUGAAACACACACCCACACACAUAUACAAAAACAAUGACGAAACCAGACCUUUCUUGUGUAAAGUGUGUACGAGAAACAGCUUUUUUUGUUGUAGAAGUUUACUGUGGGGGCAAUUCUGAUUUUGAAUGUGUUGUGUUACCUUGGACGACUCUGGCUUUCCCGUAUUCAUGUUAGGAAUCUCAUUGUUGGUUUGGACAGCAUUCAAGCUGGUGCUUUAGGGCAGGAGAGAGGCUCUGGUCCCAUCACAACCAUAUUUCUAGAGGGAGGAAGAGGACAACACAGCUUCAUUCUGUACAUCACCCACAGUACAUACAGCAAAGCUUAUUGUAAAAAUAUCAAGAAGGGUUUUAGGAUUAAACUGGUAGUUGUUGUUUCUAAAGAUGACUCUCUUGAGUUUGGUGCUUGCAUGGUCCUUGUUAACUUUAUUGAUCGGUUCAUCAACUUCAUUCUAUCUGGAGCCUGAGGAGGAAAUCAAUGAGACUGUCAUUUGUACCAAAGACCUUAUGGAAGUGGACAUACCUAGUACCUUCUUUCUCAACAAAGUUCCUCCAGUCUAUAUUUGGGAUUUACACCUUAAUGACCCUGAAUGUCGAGGAAUGGAAACAGAGAACUCCUAUGUAUUCGCAAUUAAAACCAACCUGUCAGACUGUGGAACCAUCACGGCUUCUGAUGACACCCACAUCAUGUUUAUAAACAACAUACACAAUAAUAACACGGAUGUCAUCACAAGAACCUACAUCAACAUCACGUUUGUGUGCCGCUACCCUAUCAACUACAUGGUCAAGCAAACUAAUGGAAACAACAUGAUAAAUGUUGAUAUAAGGACAAUUACACUCAGCACAGAAGAUGGCAACUUUUCUGUUUCAAUGAUGCUGUACAAGGAUGAGGGUUUUGAAGACAAAUGGACAGAUGUUCCUUUUCUAGCACUGGAAGACAACAUUUAUGUAAAAGUCUACAUGGUACCAGCUCAUUUAAUAAUGCGUCUUGAGAGUUGCUGGGCUACCCCAACAAAUGACCCAUACAGUAACAUUCAGUACACUUUCAUCAGAGACAGCUGUCCUGAAGGAACUAAUGAGCAAACAUUAGCAGUACUGAAGAACGGCGAGGAUUCAGAGGCAAUGUUUCGGAUACAAAUGUUCAAGUUUGUGGGGGACUCCUAUAAAGACGUAUUUCUGCACUGCAAUGUUCAAAUAUGUCACAACAAAGUGGGGUUCUGCCAACCAAACUGUUCGGAAGAAGAAGGGAUGACAAGGACAAAAAGAGAUAUUGUACCAUCUCACACAGUUUCCUAUGGUCCUAUUAGAAGACAGACAUCCAGUAAAGGAAAAGCAGGUCAGAGCACUGCACAUCUGCCACCGGUGGAGACCUUUGUGCUAGGAGGACUGGUGCUGGUUGUUCUUUUACUCAUUGGAGUAUUUGGAAAGCUCUGGGUGCGGUCACGAGGCCAGUAUCCCACAAUGCAAGCUCAGCUGACCUUGUCGAAUAUUCACCACCACUCAGAGGUUGCCUCUUAACAUAAGAGAUAUCCUGGCUGUAUAUAAUGUUCAUUUUCCCAACAAGGUUAAUGAUAGAUCUUAUCUGUCAUGGUCUUCCAUACAAUGUGUUGGUCUUGCAUGUGCAGUUUUGAAAGAAGCACAUGUUAUAGCAAGAUUUUACCUUUCAUUGUAAAUUUUUUUUUUUUUCCGAUACACCUUCAAAGCCUACUUCCCCUAACGUGACAUGCUUUCUCAGCGCCAAUUGCCAAAUGGUAAAGUAUAACAGACUUCCUGACAGACAUGCAAACUGGGGGCUUUCUUUAAACUAGUAAGGUUUCAGAUAUUAUUUUAAAAUUAAAAUUAAUGUUUGAUAGAACAUGUGCUUCUUCUGAAACUGCACAUGUGAGACCUACUUAGCAAAUGCAAGUGCAUGACAGGUAUGGCUUAUGGAAUUAUUUUAUUGGCUAUAAGCCCUUGAAAUAUUUGCAUAUCCUGAGUUAACCUAAAAAAAAGUAGCAAAAGAUUCUCAGGCAAUUUUGUCUGAAAUUCCAAAAGGGGUCCUUUUUUCAUGAACCCAAAACUCCACUUAAACCAUGUCAGAGCAUUUGAACAGUAUUCGUGAAAAACUAAUUUUGAUUUCUAACACAGAACAGAAACAAAAAGGCCUUUAAUAUUCAAGCUUGAUUUUCAAAAACAACUGCAUUCUUAUAUACAGCUUGUGCUGUGUUCCUAUUCUUUUUUGUACGGGGGCAGUAGACCAUGUUAUGAACAUAGCCUACAUAUUUUAACUGAAUGCAUUUUCACAAAUAAACUGUACAAAACAAAAGAUGCUGUCAUAUUACAAUCAGAUUGGUCUGCCUUGUUUUAUGUUUUUUUUUUCUUACAAUAAACACUGUUUUAUAUAUUGUAUUUGAUUUGUAUUCUGUUUAAUACUUUUUUGUGUAUAUUGUGUCGUCUAGUCGUGUGUGUUUAAGCAAAUUAAUUAAGCUAAAGUUGUGCUUGUAGCAUUUUACUGGGUUAAAUAAUACAAUAUAUUCUUUGGAGCCUUAGUACAGCAGUGUGGAGUAGUGGUUAGGGCUCUGGACUCUUGACCGGAGGGUCGUGGGUUUAAUUCCAGGUGGGGGACACUACUGCUGUACCCUUGAACAAGGUACUUUACCUAGAUUGCUCCAGUAAAAACCCAACUGUAUAAAUGGGUAAUUGUAUGUAAAAAUAAUGUGAUAUCUUGUAACAAUUGUAA